CUCUCGACACUUCUUUCAGCUCUCAGGUUCAGGCAGAUUUGAUUCACUCUUCCUCCUCCUGUCCGACCGUGUCCUACCUCAUCCCACCUCCUCUAACGCGUUUCUCGGACGUUUUUCUUUGAAACAUCUCUAUAAACCACCAUGGCUGAUACCGCUGUUGAUACGACCACCACCACAGAGAUCACCGCCAAGGACUUGAAAGAGAAGAAGGAGGUGGUUGAGGAGGCAGCGGAUGCUGCAAAGGAAAACGGCAGCAAAGACGCACCUGCCAAUGGAAAUGGAACAACUAAUGGUGCUUCACACAAGGAAGAGGAAACCAAUGAGGAAGAAGAGGGUGGAGAUGAUGAGGAGGGAGAAGCAGAGGAGGAAGAGGAGAACGGUGCUGAAAAAGUGGCAGACGGGACACCCGUGAAACGUCCAGCAGAAGAGGAGGAGGCAGUCAAAACAAAGAAACAGAAGACAGAGGAGAAUGGUGACUCCACAGAGGCUGAAGUCCAAGCCUAAAGUUCUUGCCGCCCUUCAGUAGCUCUGUCUGUAUGGUCAGUUUGACCUAGUAGAGUUUGUGCUUUUCUGUAUAUUUCACAGAUUCAAUUCUUUUUGGCGCUACAAGAUCUUUAUAUUGCACUGAGGCCCAUAACAUCAUGACCCCGUCCCCUUUUGUAAGACCUUAUUUAUUGGACCAACAUUAGAACCCUGUAUUAAAAGGAACAAUGUUUAUUUUAGCACACAUUUAACAAGCACACAUUCUACUCUGUUAUUUGACCAUCGGAUGUACACACAAGCAACUGAAAGCCUAAGGUUCUAUCAUUUUCAUGGGUGCCAUUUUUUCCCGAUCUACUAAAGACCAAAGAUGAGUUUUAAGCAGGGGCUAAUAAACAAUGUUUAACCUGGUUGUGCUGCUAGAAGUUAAUCCCUCGCUUUGGCAGAUCAGUUAACAUAACAGAUGGUUCAUAUCAAUGCAUUGCCUGCCCUCUUAACAUGUUAAUUAACCCCUUUUUAAAUCUUGAAGGUCUUUUGUUCCAUAUGCAUUUAAAAGGAUUGUAUCUUUCUAUCCUUAUGUACAGUUUUGGGGUUUUGUUUAUCAUUGCGUUUUAUAUGGGAAGUGCAGAAUGAAAAAAAAUAUAUAACAGAACUGUAUGCUGAUACUGGUUCUUUCAUUCCCUCAAGCGAAACUUUUUUUUUCUUUUUUUUUUCAUUGUGUUUUGGUUGCUUUUUGACCACUGCUUUGUAUAGUUUGGUUCAGGAUUAUAAAUAAAAAAAAUAAAAAAAACAGUCUUGUCUUUUUAAAA